AUGAUGCUUAACGGCAUAUCAAGUUUUUCUAAAUUCAUAUGGAGAUCACAGGAAGUUCCUGGUUUUGGGUUUCAACAGCUUAGGAACAAAUGGGCCAACCGUUGGAUGAUUAGAGAUGUAAAGCGGCGAAGAUUAAAUGCUGAACACUUUUUGGAGAGAACACGAAUUAAUGCUAUGCGGCGAAACACUGUAUUGCCUACAGAAAUAAGGGAAAUUGCAGACAAAGAGAUAAACAAAUUUGAACUGAAUGCUACUCCUUCACAUAUAAAUAAUAGAUGUGCAGUCACUUCAAGGCCUAGAGGUGUAGUUAAAGAAUGGAGACUGAGCCGUAUUGUUUGGAGACAUCUUGCCGAUUAUAAUAAACUUUCAGGAGUUCAAAGAGCUAUGUGGGGUUAA